GACGGUCCAGCCCAAGCCCACCGUGGAACCGCUGGAGUGAACUAGUCUUAAUCCUCCUCCGUGGCCGCCCGUUUCCCUUCUCCAACCAUCCCGCCGCUCUUGCUUUCUCUUUCUCUCUCUCCUCUCUUCCUUUCUCUCUCUAAACUACUCCGUACUAACUACGUAGUAGGUUGUUUUGCCUACUGCCUUAGUCGAGUGGACCUCUCUCCCCUCUCUCUUCUUAUCUUACUCUGCUUCUUUCUUUCCCCUCUCCCCUCCCCCCCCCCAGAGUUCUCUUCAACUUUCCGUAAUCUAUUUUUUUUUGUUCUUCUCUGCUUUCUCUUCUUCUUCCUCGUUCUCUUCAUUCCAUACUUCCGUUACUCUUUUGAUAGUAUUUUUGGAUGGCCCCCAAUCCCGACCGUCUCUUAACAUACUACCUGCCGGUGGAAGCUCCGUGAGUAACGACGACCGACGCCUCCCCCGUCUUGCAUACGAAAUUCCUCCGCGCAUUUCCAUUUCGUCCCACGAGGUUGUUCCCGGCUGCAGCUUCCAAGCAACAGCCACCCUUUCGACGUCACCAAUCUUCCAAAACUCAGUCACCUCCGGCCAUUUGGCAAUCCUCACCCUGACCAUUCUCUUUGGAAUACGUUUCGAUCUUUCUUCUCGUUUCUCGUUUUUGUUGUCGGUCUCGCCAACCAGGUUGUGGAGGGGUAUGCGUCCCGCAACGUGGUUUUGAUGAUUAUGACGUCUGAAACGACCGGUUCUGCCCACGCAAAGAUGGAUUCUGGUGUGCCACGCUCUGCCGCCUCGGAACGUAUUCAUGCUCUAACGCACUUCUCUUCCUCAGGAUCUAACCCUACCUACAACCCCGCCCAAGUUCCUACCCAGCCGGGCACGGAUAUCUCCGACCAGGACAACAAGUCCAAGAUGCAGCCGAGUCAGGUUCGGUUCUCGUCGGUAACCGAAGAAAUCGAGCCUUCGGAUCCAUCGGCAUCUGCCCAGUCCGCUGGGAACCAGCCCCAGCCCGCCGACAGUCAGAAACAGCAGGAUGAGGAAUUACGGUCGCUAGCUGCCAGUCUCCAGCGGUCUCAACUGCAAGAAUCGCGGCUGGGGAAAUUCUCAUUUGACCCGGUUUCUCUCCCGUCCUCAAGAGUAUGCUUUCGCCCACGCCGCGGAAUGACCAUCCACUCAUUCCGCCCCCGCACUUGUCAGAUAUUAUGAAAAGCUAAUCCCCUUGUCUGUUACUUCCCUCAUAGGUUGCAUCCCGAGAAUCGAGCGAUCGCAGCGCGAGAGAACCCAAUGGAUCCGGUUUGCCGUCUCCCCAUGCCUCUCCACCGGUGUCAACGAUGCAGUCUCCGCCUCUUACCCCCGCGGCCACCCAUUCUCGUGAACCCAAAACUAAUGACACUGCUUCGACGUCGAACGCGACAGACCGAGGACCUACCCCGCACUCUACGGCGAUGACUCCAGAGACUUCCCCGCCUACGAGCGCGUCUGCGAAAAGCAAGGCUCCUCAGAGCGCGCCGACAUCGCGGCCCGGUUCCACCGAGCAACUGUCGAAACAAGGCAAUGUAUCGCAGACGUCAUCCCACCCUUUGAAUGCCUCCAAGCAUCGUGCGCAGUUUUUCAUCGGCCCCGAAGGUGGCUCCCAGGAAGAAAGUCCCCCGGUCACCCCGCGAGAUUCUGAAAACUUCACGCCGCCGGGUGCCAUCACGCCCGUCGGGGAGCCGAAUGAUCCCUAUGCCCGCAGCAAGCGACCGCCGCAAUCCAAGAAUCUCGGCCAACUCGACCAGAGAUUCAUCUUCGGAGGCCGGGAUCUGAGACGUCGGGGACAAAAUUCGGCAACGUUCCCUCUCCCUCGCCCCGGGACGCCGCGAUCGGCCAGCGCCAGCGACCUCAAGGCCAGCGAGAAGCGCAGUGGCUUCUUCGGCAGCAAGAAGGACGCGCGCCAGCAGGAGCCGGAAGGCAAGCACCAUGGCCACAUGGCGGAGCUGAAGCGGUUCUUCAAAAUGGGUCACAAACACAAGCGGAACGAUUCUCCCUCCUCGCUCCCCAAGAGGUCGAGUCGCGGCUCCGGAAAGAACACCCCGUACCAGAUGGCCCCGGACAACGUGCCCUUUGCUGAUGAUCAUGGCCUCAACUCCAAAUACGGUAAACUGGGGAAGGUCCUUGGGUCCGGGGCGGGCGGCUCCGUGCGGCUGCUCAAACGUAACAGUGACGGCGUGACUUUUGCCGUGAAGCAAUUUAGAGAACGCCACUCGUGGGAGACGUUGAAGGAAUACUCGAAAAAGGUGACCGCGGAAUUUUGCAUCGGGUCAACUCUCCAUCACGGCAACAUCAUCGAGACGCUUGAUAUUAUACAGGAAGGAAGUCAUUGGUAUGAGGUCAUGGAGUACGCUCCGUUUGACUUGUUUGCUAUUGUCAUGACCGGGAAAAUGGUGAAGGACGAAGUGGCAUGCGCCUUCAAGCAGAUCCUGAGCGGAGUGGCCUAUCUACACGGCAUGGGCCUGGCCCACCGCGACUUGAAAUUAGAUAAUGUGGUUGUCAACGAACACGGUAUCAUGAAGCUCAUCGAUUUUGGAAGCGCCGUUGUCUUUCGGUAUCCCUUCGAGAACGAUAUCGUUUCUGCAUCCGGUAUCGUCGGAUCCGAUCCAUAUCUCGCCCCCGAAGUAUACGAUGAGAAGAAAUAUGACCCUCGCCCCACGGAUAUUUGGUCCCUGGCUAUCAUCUUCUGCUGCAUGACUCUGCGUCGAUUCCCCUGGAAGCAACCUCGCGUUAGUGACAAUUCCUACCGGCUCUUUGUCUCCACGCCAACUCCGGGCACUCCGGUCCCGGAUGCGGAUCCAAGGCGCCAUCGGAUUUCACGAUCGACCCCCGAUCUCCCCUCGUCCGCUCGCGAUAACCAACAAUCUCAAUCCGCCGAGAACAAAAACGCCGAGAAGAAGCCCGCAGCGCCUGACCAACAGAACGGGCAGCAGGAGUCGUCUAAAGAUCAGGCCAAGACAAGCUCCCACGAAGAUAACAACUGCCCUGAGAGUCCGCAGGACGACAAGAGCACAAAGACCACUUCGAAUCAGAAACAUAAUAAACCGACGCGCACAACAAGCAAAGAGGCCCCUCCGCUUCCUGCGUCGGCCCAGUCCUCGGGCCAACGUCAGGAAGUCAUCAAGGGUCCUUGGCGUCUUUUGCGACUUCUACCGCGUGAGAGCCGGUACAUCAUUGGUCGCAUGCUCAAGGUGAGCGUGAAGGAUCGUGCAAGCCUCGAUGAUGUCUUGACAGAUGAGUGGGUUCGAAACAUCAAGGCGUGCCAGCAAGAAGUAUCCGGCGAAGUGAUCAAAGCUCCCGGCCACACCCACAUUCUCGAACCUCCUUCUUCAAGCGUCCCCGUGGCCAGCAAGGCCAAAUAAUCGGGCCAUUCGCGGUCCUGUCUAUAAUUCUACGUGCGAUGUCCAGACUCUGAGAUAUUUGUAUUGUCGUCAGCCCUUCUUUUUGGGAGUGUCUUGGGCUGUUAAUAUAAUCAUUGCUCCUUUCCCCUUUGAUUCCCUUUGGAUGCAAGAGCUUCUCUCCUUACUAGCUCUCUGUUCAGCAUCAUGAACAUUCUACUUAUCCUUAUCUUUCUGCUCGUUUCACUAUCUUUUUGCUUCCAGUGAACCUCGACCAUCAAACUCGAGUACCCUUUUUCUUUCUUUCCUUCGUGUGUGCUACUUACUUUUAUAGUACGGUGGAAGAAGUAGCGACACUUGUCUAACAACACUUCUUUACCUUCUUUUUUAUGCCCCUCUUUGUUCUUAAUAUGGGCGUUGUGGUCACUGUUUCAUGGGAAGGGGCUGCGCAGACGGAUCCACCCUUUUCCCUCGCGAUUAGAGGGUUGGCUACUAGAUUUCUAUCGAUUAUUGGGCCCUCAUAUUUCCCUUACAUCUUCUGCUUCAAUCAACGUGUGGGGUCUAUUCUUUUCCUUUUUGUGUUUCAAGGCCAGCUUUGUACGGUGUGGCCAUUUUCUCCAUUUGCUUCUGAUCGUAUUCACCCUUAGUAGGUAGCUUGGUAGAUAUUAUAAACCCAUGGACAAAUGAACAA